UUGUACUAGAUACUAUAUAUUUGAUAAUAGUUGGUAAAACGUGUUGUGGACACGUACAUGUAUCGUUGACCUAUAGUUAUCGUAUAUAUCUGUUGAGCUGUGGCCUGGUACGCUACGUUUAUAAAUAGACUGGCUGGGUUAUAUUAACUGUGUUUGCUGUUCGCCUUCCAUCACCAAAGCCGGCAAAGAAACCAGCAUGAUACUGACGCUGUACUUGACUGUUUGGCUGGCAUCAGCUUCAAUAGUCUCCGCGAGUCAGCCCGUCCCAUUGGUCCACACUCCUUCUGGCACCAUCCAGGGUAUAGUUGUCCCGGUCCAAGGACGUGACAUUGUACAGUUCCGGAACAUUCCCUAUGCUAAACCUCCCGUGGGGGAGCUCAGGUUUGAAAAGCCUGUUCCAGUUGAACCAUGGGCCAACACAUUGGACGGUACUAAGUUCGGGCCAUCCUGUAUCCAGAACGACAAGUUUUUACCAGAAAUGUGGGAACCGCUAGACAAUAAGGACAUUUCAGAAGAUUGUCUACAGCUGAAUGUGUAUGUACCGGACUCGGUAUCAGAAACUGAUAAAAAGCCUGUGAUGGUUUGGAUCCACGGCGGGGGGUUUACCGGCGGGUCAGCCGCGCUCUACGAUUCUUCCUACUUCGCAUUAAAAGAUGUCUUGGUUGUGACCAUUCAGUACCGUGUAGGACUGUUUGGGUUCCUUAGUACCGGAGAUGCCACGCUUCCAGGUAACUAUGGACUUUGGGACAUCAUUGAAGCAUUAAGAUGGGUAAAUACCAAUAUAGCAGGCUUCGGAGGCGAUCGAGACACGGUCACAGUUUUUGGAGAGUCGGCAGGAGGCUUUUGUGCAACCUUCCUGUCUGUCAUUCCCAGUACCAAAGGACUUUUCAAGAGGGUUAUAGUCCAGAGCGGCUCUGCAGCAGGUAACAUGUUUAUAAGCAAGGAUCCGUUCCGAGUCGCGGAGAGGGUGGGCAGACAUAACGGAUGUAUAACGGACACCGAGACAGCCAUCGAUAAGGAGGCUCUCGUAAACUGUCUCAAGGGUAAAUCUGCUCAAGAUUUGCUCAACGCACAGUUAGACCCUACCACAUUGUUCUUUGGGGGGUUCUCGAUGGAGGUGCAUCUGUGGCCGGUCGUGGAUGGUGACCUCCUUGUAAGGAGACCCAUAGACAUUUUAAAUGAUCCCAGGUCCAAGGAAUUCCAGUAUUUUCAGUCUAUAGAUUUGAUAGCGGGAACUACCGACAACGAAGCGUCGCUGCUUCCAUUUAUAGCGUACCACCUCCAGGGUCCGAUGAACUUUAACCUAUCGGACGGUAUACCUACCUCGGUUUUGUGUGACCUGUUCGCCCCAGCUAUAGCCAAAGACAUAUAUGAGGACAACACCAUAGUGGCCGGCAUUCUCUGUCAACGUUACAAAAAGGACAACUUGGCCGACCAAGCCAGAAGCUUGUCCGCUUUGUAUGGAGACGCCCAAUUUGUCGGCCCAGCUGUCUCUCUUCUCGACUUUCAUUCCAAGGGGAGAGCUCACUCUAACACGUACCAGUACUUGUUUACACAGGAAAUCGACUUUUAUUUUCUGGCCCCAAGUUUCCCCUGGUCCGAGGGCGCGGGCCAUGGCGUCGACUGUCUGUACAUGUUCGGUCCUGCCGGCUUCAGUCAAUACGAGUCCAUUUUAACACCGGAAGGGACGUCACUUAGGGACGCCAUUGUAACCUACUGGACUAACUUCGCCAAAACAGGAAACCCAAACGGUCCCGGUUUGAUUCCAUGGAAGACCUAUGGACCUGGAGGUCGCCAUUACAUGGACCUGAACUAUGAGCCAGUCCUUAGUCAGGAUAUUUACCAACAACGGAUCCAGUUUCUUUUGGAAGAAAUUCCGAACAAACUCCGUCAAAGUUCAAAGACUGAAUUGUAGAAUAAUCAGCUGUAUGUAUGACGCAUGACAUUUAUCUGUAUGUAUGACACAUGACAUUUAUCUGUAUGUAUGACACAUGUCAUUCAGCUGUAUGUAUGACACAUGACAUUUAUCUGUAUGUAUGACACAUGACAUUCACAUGUAUACGUAUGACAUGUGACAUUCAGCUGUAUGUAUGACGUGACAUUCAGCUGUACGUAUGACAUGUGACAUUCAGCUGUACGUGUGACAUGUGACAUUCAGCUGUACGUGUGACAUGUGACAUUCAGCCGUAUGUAUGACAUGUGACAUUUAGCUGUAUGUAUGACAUGUGACAUUUAGCUGUAUGUAUGACAUGUGACAUUUAGCUGUAUGUAUGACAUGUGACAUUUAGCUGUAUGUAUGACAUGUGACAUUUAGCUGUAUGUAUGACAUGUGACAUUUAGCUGUAUCUAUGACGUGACAUUCCGCUGUAUGUAUGACACGUGACAUUCAGCUGUAUGUAUAACACAUGACAUUCAGCUGUAUACGUAUGACAUGUGACAUUCAGCUGUAUGUAUGACGUGACAUUCAGCUGUACGUAUGACAUGUGACAUUCAGCUGUAUGUAUAACACGUGACAUUCAGCUGUAUGUAUGACAUGUGACAUUCAGCUGUAUACGUAUGACAUGUGACAUUCAGCUGUAUAUAUAACAUUCCGCUGUAUGUAUGACGUGACAUUCAGCUGUAUGUAUAACACGUGACAUUGAGCUGUACGUGUGACAUGUGACAUUGAGCUGUAUGUAUGACACGUGACAUUCAGAUGUAUGUAUGACAUGUGACAUUCAGUUGUACGUGUGACAUGUGACAUUGAGCUGUAUGUAUGACACGUGACAUUCAGCUGUACGUGUGACAUGUGACAUUGAGCUGUAUGUAUGACACGUGACAUUCAGAUGUAUGUCUGACAUGUGACAUUCAGUUGGACGUGUGACAUGUGACAUUCAGCUGUAUGUAGGACACGUGACAUUCAGCUGUACGUGUGACAUGUGACAUUCAGCUGUACGUGUGACAUGUGACAUUCAGCUGUACGUGUGACAUGUGACAUUCAGCUGUAUAUAUGAAAUGUGACAUUCAGCUGUAUGUAUGACAUGUGACAUUUAGCUGUAUGUGUGACAUGUGACAUUUAGCUGUACGUAUGACAUGUGACAUUUAGCUGUAUGUAUGACAUGUGACAUUUAGCUGUAUGUGUGACAUGUGACAUUCAGCUAUAUGUAUGACAUGUGACAUUCAGCUGUAUGUAUGACAUGUGACAUUCAGCUGUAUGUAUGACACGUGACAUUUAGCUGUAUGUAUGACACGUGACAUUUAGCUGUAUGUAUGACAUGUGACAUUUAGCUGUAUGUAUGACAUGUGACAUUUAGCUGUAUGUAUGACAUGUGACAUUUAGCUGUAUAUAUGAAAUGUGACAUUUAGCUGUAUAUAUGAAAUGUGACAUUCAGCUGUAUAUAUGAAAUGUGACAUUUAGCUGUAUGUAUGAAAUGUGACAUUUAGCUGUAUGUAUGAGCCAUGACAGAUACAACAGCCAUGAAGUUGUGUCACAGAACAAUCAGACAUUUAUAACUGGUGAUUGUCUAUCCUCACAGUGGUAUAGUCCCAGAGCUAGGACAUCUCAGGUGGAUUAAGUCGGAUGCCUUAUAGUUUGUAAGUCACCACUACUUCAGUCCCUUGGAAAGUUGUGAUAUUGAAAGAAAGUUGUGACAAACAGGGAGUGGGGUGUGAACAAUAACAUUAAAGUGAGGGAGAAGUCUGAAAAAUGAAGCACUCCCAACAUCAAACAGAACAUUAUUUUCUAUUUGUUGGACAACAUGUGUACUGUAUGAAUUGUAUAGCUGUGUGCCUUACCAUGUCAAAUUCUUAUAGACUGUCAAUAUAAAUAAAUCUUAAGGUUGCUUG